UCGUAAGUACCCCUGUAACCGUCUGUCUUCCGCCUAGCAGCCAAGCAGUGGAGUGAAAAACGCUGUCUUGGAUUUCCCCCACGCAAAACAAGCUUCUGGUUGUUGCAGCGGGUCGAGUCAACCCUGAACUUAGAGAUUGUGCUGAAACCCUGUUUCCAAAUGAGUGACGGAGAGUGUGACUUCUUCUGCUUCUUCCGCUGCUGCUGAGUGCGCUCCAUACGCGCCUCAGUCAGUCAGGAAAGCAGGGUGUCUCUCAACAGUGACACCAGGUGGAAAGAAGGUGGGGACAAAGGAAGACUUGAGCUUCAGUCAAGCCAUUUCAGCUAUAAUUGGACCACUUGGAUCCGACAGGUAGGCUGGUUGUCUACCUGUCUGGGUGAUUAAGGCAGUUGACUUGAUGUCUGUGGACAUGAACAGCCAGGCAUCAGACAGCAAUGAGGAAGACUUCGGAGUGAUCUCUGAAGAAGAGGAUGACGACGAUGGAGGAGACGAGGAGGAUGACAUUGACACCUAUUAUGACGGAGUUGCCACUGACGUGGAGCAACAGGGCGCUGAUUCCUUCGAUCCUGAAGAAUACCUGUUUACCUGUCUGACAUUCAAAGAGAGCCAGCGGGUGCUAACAGACGAAGUAAACAUUGUGGCUGCUGCAUUGAAGGUUUUACCAUCAGUAGCAAAACUGAUCCUGGUGCAUUUUCACUGGCAAGUUUCACAAAUACUGGACAGAUAUAAGUCCAACUCUUCUCUGCUUUUGUCGGAUGCUCUGGUCCAGCCCAGCAGCACCUGCAGAUCGUUCACUGCCCCUCAGUCCCUCCAGUGUGGUGUGUGUCUACAGGUUGUACGAAGAGACUCCCUGUUGGCACUGUCCUGCCAGCACUCUUUCUGCAAAGCAUGCUGGGAGCAGCACUGCACCGUACUGGUCAAAGAUGGCAUAGGAGUGGGUAUCUCAUGUAUGGCUCAGGACUGUUCCUUGCAGAUGCCAGAAGACUUUGUCCUGCCACUGCUGCCAGGAGAGGAGCUGAAGGACAAAUAUAGACGCUACCUCUUCAGAGACUACGUUGAGAGUCACUUCCAGUUGCAGUUGUGUCCUGGUGCAGACUGUCCCAUUGUCAUCAAAGUGCAGGAGCCUCGGGCACGAAGGGUGCAGUGCCGCUGUGGUGAAGUCUUCUGUUUUAAAUGUCGUCAGAUGUACCAUGCGCCCACAGACUGUGCAACAAUUCGGAAAUGGCUGACUAAAUGUGCAGACGACUCAGAGACUGCUAACUACAUCAGCGCACACACUAAAGAUUGUCCAAAGUGCAAUAUCUGCAUUGAGAAGAAUGGAGGGUGCAAUCACAUGCAAUGUUCCAAGUGCAAACAUGACUUCUGCUGGAUGUGUCUUGGAGACUGGAAGACUCAUGGCAGUGAAUACUACGAGUGCAGUCGCUACAAAGAAAACCCUGAUAUAGUCAACCAGAGCCAGCAGGCUCAGGCCAGAGAGGCUCUUAAGAAAUACCUCUUCUACUUUGAGAGGUGGGAGAAUCACAAUAAGUCUCUGCAGUUGGAGGCUCAGACGUACCAGAGAAUCCAGGAGAAAAUCCAGGAGAGAGUAAUGAACAACCUGGGAACGUGGAUCGACUGGCAGUACCUGCAUAAUGCUGCAAAGCUACUUGCUAAGUGUCGCUAUACACUGCAGUACACCUACCCAUACGCCUAUUACAUGGAGUCAGGCCCGCGCAAAAAACUGUUUGAAUACCAACAGGCUCAGCUGGAAGCAGAGAUAGAAAACUUGUCGUGGAAGGUGGAGCGGGCCGACAGCUAUGAGAGAGGAGUGGUGGGAGGCGAGGGCGAGCCCAGUGCCAGUGACAGAGGGGAUCUGGAAAAUCAGAUGCACAUUGCUGAGCAGAAGCGACGUACACUGCUGAAGGAUUUCCACGACACCUGAGGCUCCAAUCGCGACUGCAAAGCACCAGCAUCUUUUUUUCCUUGCCUCCUACCUUUGUUUCCCUCCAUGACCAUCCCUUAGUGCAGUCAUACUGACCCUUCCCUUUGCUUGUCUACACUUGCUCAGUUGCUUCUUUUGUUCUGCUUUUCCUCCUCUCACUACCAUACAGCUGCAGGAUUGCAGAAUGUCACGAUUGUAUUGCCACUUUCUUGUUUAAUUUUCGACUCAUUUACAUGUUUUGGCUUCCUCGCAUCUCAUUCACCAUGGUUACACUUGUUCCAACUUUUCAUAUCUGGUCAAAGUUUGAGGUAUAAUGUUUGGAAAUAACAGAUUUAACUGAAUUUCACAUACUUCAACAUUAACAUACUUUUUUUUUCUUUUUGCUCGUUAGAAGGUUUAUGAUUCAGAUGUUAUUUAAUCUCGAAAAUUACUCCUGUUACGGUGGAACUAUUCUGAGACAAAGAAUCAAUGUAGAGGACUGAGAAGCUUUAGCUUUUAAUGGGAGAAUAUUUUUUUUUUUUUGUUAAUGAGACGAUGCUUAUUGUUCUGUAAUUUGUGGUUUACACGAACCAAACUGACUUGUAAUUAGUAAGUUGUUCUUGCACCUGGUUGUUUAAAAGGUCUGGUCUAAUAUGAAAUUCAGCAUGAUCUGCUGCGGUGCAAGGGAAGUAUAGAAAUGAAUAAAAUAAUUGCCAGAGGGGGAGUAAUUGUUCUUGAAGCUGUUUGCUUAGAUCAGCUGUUGUAAACCCUGACCUGUUCCAGCUUGUGCAGACUGAUGUGUGACAGUAGAAGAUGCAUGUUGCUGCUCUGGCUCUUUUUUUUUUUUUUAACUUUCAUCAACCUGACCAGCUGCACAUAGCGAUUAAGAAAUUGGUAGCAGAGUAUGAAGGCUGUUAAAGUUAAAAAGAUAUUCUAUUUUGAAACGUGUUAAGCCACAGAAACAAAUUCCAAAUACACCUAAAUACUCUUUAAAAUACCUAACAUGGAACCAAAACAAAAGUUUUUAUUAUCUGACUUGAAUUAUGUUCAUGCCCCCGAGAGAGUAAAGAACGAGAUUGUGUAUUUAGAUGGCAGCUGUUUGUUUUUUUUUUUUUUUUCCUCUUCAUUUUCCUCUUGCCAGUGUUUCACAUUGACUUAUUUUUCCUUUGUUUAGUGUUCUGUUGAACCUGGAGGCACUCCUGUCUCUGCUACCAGCAGAUGAUAAUGAAGGUUGACUGAAUUAACUGCUGAAAUGACCCAGUUCUUGUCUCUUAACAUUAUUAUACUAAUAUAGUAGCUGGAUUGUGUAAAGCUUCUCUUGAUCCAAACCUGAUUGAGGCUGUUCCAUUAAAGUUUAACACAGAAACCUCCACUGAUCAGAUGAUAAAGUUGUUUUGGUGCAGCAAGUGCAAUCUCAGUCAUUCACACACAUCACAGCACCUCCCACUGACAUUGACAUGGCAUGCACACGCCAACACAGUCAGGCUCCAACACUCCACCAGAAAAGAGAAAGAUUGAGUUUGUCUCAUACCCUCAUGCGCUCUCUUCAUUCUCUACUGUCUUCUCCUCGCUUUCUUUUCCUCUCUGGUUUUUCUUUUCCUCCUGCUCAUAUUCACUUUUCUUCUGGAAAAUGGCUGUUGAUAGAUCGUUUAAAAAAAACAAACAAAAAAAAAAACAAACAAAAAAAAAAAAUGGCUGUAAUUUUCAACGGUUGUACAUUAAUACAGAAAUAGAGUUACUGAGAGUUUUUAAAACCGGA